UCUAAAGCAUUUUAAUACGAUGGUAAUGUCGUUUCAAUUUCCACAUGGACAUCGGACUUUUAUUUAUGACUGGUAAUUUGACAGUCAUUUCAAAAUUUAUGAAAAUCUCUUGAAAUAUGGAAGAAAAAUCUUUGAAAGGGCAGUUAACGGAAAAUACAGACGUCAAUCGAGAUGAGUUGAUUCUUCAACAACAAAGGCGAAUCGAAAAGGAGAUUUCUGAAUCUAUUGCUCUAGUCGGAGAAAAAGAAUCAAUAAAAAGCUUAGAGCGUGAGUACACAGAGGAUGAUGUGUAUCUUUCAAAAGCUAAAGCACUUGGUCAAAAAUAUUCAUACAUUAGAAGAACUAGACCAGAUGGAAAUUGUUUUUUUAGAGCCUUUAGUUAUGCAUAUCUUGAGAAACUAAUUGGAAAUAAAGAUGAAUAUGAGAAAUUUCGUGAACUUGCAUUAAAAAGUAAAGACAAUUUGGUAGCAUUAGGUUUUCCCCAAUUUACAGUCGAAGACUUUCAUGAUACGUUCAUGGAGGUAAUCGAUAAAGUAGGAGGAGAUGCAGAAUCAAGUUAUAUUGAAUUACACAAACUUUUCAAUGAACAAGGUUAUUCCGACUAUGUUGUUGUAUAUCUUAGAUUAAUUACAUCUGGUCAAUUACAACGUGAGGCUGAUUUUUAUCAACAUUUUAUCGAAGGAGAACGUACUAUUUCAGAAUUCUGCCAUCAAGAAGUGGAACCAAUGUACAAAGAAUCUGAUCACAUUCACAUUAUAGCAAUGAGUACUGCUUUAGGAACUGGAGUACGAGUUCGUUACAUGGAUCGAGGUGCAGGAACUGAAGUAACUGCACAUGAUUUUCCUGAUGGUGCCACUCCAGCAGUACAUUUAUUAUAUCGUCCUGGCCAUUACGACAUUCUCUAUCCUUGAUAAAUUUUGCAUAACAACACUUUGGAAAGUCUCUUUCAUGACAAAGAUUAAUUAUUUAGCAAAUUAUAACUUGUGUAUGUAUUAAAAUUUUAUAGAAUUAUUAUUUGAUCUAAUAUUUCAUAAUAUUAUAGUUAUAAGCAAUUAAUUUAAAUUUUGUAAUGUACACUACGAAAUUUUAUGUAAAAGAGCAAAGGUAUUUACAUACGCAUUAUAUCUUCUCAAAGAGGUAUGAAUUUAAACAAAUUUCUGUCAAUUGUAUUAAAUUGUUUUGCAAUUCAAAUUAUAAAUUAAGUACAUAAA